UGCAAUACUGUUAAAGCUUUUUGUUCCGUUAUUCAGUUGCAUAUAUCCUACAAUUUCCGGCUAAUUUAAAUCCGGAUUAAGGGAAUUAUUUUAGAUGGUGUUUACUCGGCGAGAAAGAUUUGUCCUUGACACGAAAGGCAAUGGAUGAUCCUAAAUCUAUUCAGAGAAGAUUUGAAGCUGCUGUUAAAGUGAUCAGAAGUUUACCUGAAGAUGGCUCUUAUGACAUUUCAGACGAUAUGCUAGUACUGUUCUACAGUUACUACAAACAAGCCACAGCAGGGCCAUGUAACACCCUAAAACCCAAUUCCUGGGAUCCUAUUGGUAAAGCUAAAUGGGAGGCAUGGAAAGCCUUAGGAAACAUGUCAAAGGAUCAAGCCAUGAUGAAAUAUGUUCAAGAAAUACAGCUGAUAAUAGAGACCCUCCCAGUCACAGACACGAUGGAAGAAUUAAUGGAUGCUCUUGACCCAUUUUAUGAGAUAGUAGAGGAUGAGGAUGAAGAUGUGCCCAGAAGACCGGCACAGUUAUCCACAGGUGGUACUAGGGGUAAAGAAGAGGAUAAUUAUGGUGAUACUGAUGAAGACAACAAGGACGAAAGUGAAAGUUCUGAUGAAAAUAUUGAAGAUGACAUAGAGAUGGAAGAGAACAGCAAAGACUUGAGCACUCUGGCAGCAGGGAGAGGAGGUUCAACUGUGUUUAAUGGAAGUGAGAAGAACAGCACGUCUUCCUCGACCAAUGACACUCACAGCUCUUUGAACUCUGAGGAUGAAGAGGAGGAACUGGUAUACAGCCGAGAGCCCAGCACAGAGCCUCCAGAGUUCUGCCCAUCCAACAACUACCCCAGUGAUGACAACAUUAUCACAAAAGGCAAACAUCACAUAGAUGGCUUGGAUGAUGAGAUGUACAGUGACUCGAAGGAACAGACUGCAAUGCAAGAGAAGGGUUCAGACGUUCCGAGGGUGCAUUUGGCAGUAAUGAGUGUGGUUGGAGCCAAGAUGCAGGAGCAACAAGGGAGAAACAGAAAGCCACAGUGUGGGAGUCAGGAUGGAAAACCACAGGGAGUUACACCCCCAUUCCCCCACCCACCGGCAUUUGGAACGGUCCAAUAUGACCAAAUCUCACCAUGCAGAAGAAGACGAGAGCACAGUUGCCAAGGAGACGGCAAACACUGGGUGACAAAAGGAAUCAAGGACAAAAAGGCAUUGAACACCCAGAUCGCCAUGACCCUGUCACAGUUACAGGACAAUAUGCAGGAUGUACUGCAAAGACUGGCCGCACUGGAAGUUCUCAAAGCAUCACAAGUUGAAAUCAUUCCUCUAGAUACCUGGCACUCAAAAUCACCAAGAAAGAGGUUACCCUGGUGGCCAUUAGACAUGUCCCCAUACUCUGUGGUGCUGGCUGUUAUGUGGCCUUUUGCUGUGCACUGGCUUGUGCAGGUUUACUUACAGAAGAGGAAGAGAUGAUGAUAGUAAAAUCCAGUCAAGUGAAUCAAGUGGAGAUUCAUGUAUCAUCUGAAUGACUCCUAAGGAUUUUCAAAUGGUCAUAUUAAGAUUUAAAGUCUCAGGGCAUCAAUAAAUAUGAUUAAUCUCAAUAUAUAUGAUAUUCACAGGUUUUUUUGUGUAAUGCUUUUUUCCACAAUUUACAUUGAGUGCAGGUAGUUUACAGUCAUUUAAAUGUAAUUCAGUCUGUGUUCAUGUGAAAGAUACUUUUGUACAACAAUGUGCAUUUUUACAUUUAUUCCUGCAUUUUGAAUUCAGGACAGUUGUGCAGUCAAAACUGAAGUCUUUUGACUUUAAAACCUGGGUGGGAACCAAAUUACUUGGAUCAAGGAACCCCAAAUGUUACAGCUUUACAAAUGGAAAACACAAUUGUGCUUUCAAAAAUGUGCAUUUAUAAAAUAACAACUGUACCAAAGAGAAAUGCAACUUGAAAUCUGACAUAUAUAUGUGGACCAUUGUAUCUGUGUUGUAGGCUGAGUCGUAUCUGUUUUUAUAAGAUACAGUAAAUUUAAGUAUUUAUGAUAUGCUGCGUUCCAUUCAACUCUGAAAGUCUGAGUUUCCAACUUCCUAAAGUCGGAUUUCCAACUCGGAAAGUCGUGCGGUUCUCUGAGAUGCUGGUGUGUGACGUCACACAAUCAUGUCGGCACCCAGGAAGAUGUGCAAAAUAAGUGAUAAACACUCACUUUUAUUAAAUAAUAUAGAUAAAUGAGUCAAAUUUCCUACAUUACAUGAUAUUAAAGCUUGUUUUUAUCAGAGUAGCAGGUGUUCAAAACUUGGUAAAUGAUACUAUCUUUUGAUAAUCCUACACCUGCAAUACAAAUGCUAGUGUUAAUCAUUUGGGUUGCUUGGAGACAUCUAUGGUGACUGUCAAACACCUGAUAAGUUUACUGGAGUGUUACAGUUUGUUUCCUAAAUGUCAUCUUCCGAGCAUCUGGCAAUGGAAUGCAUUUAGUUGGAGAUCAGAGAUAACAAGUGGAAUAUCUCUCGUCCGAUUUGAAUGAAACGCAGUAUUGACGUUAUAGUCAAUGUUCAAUCAACUGUAUGGUCAAGCAGGUAGUGCUUUUGUAAGGUGAAUAAAGAAUUUG